CUUCUUUUUUGUCGCUCUCCGUUGCGGUCGCGCCUGCCUCGGACCCGUUUAGACCCGUUUGGAUUAUUUUAAGCGGAAUCCUCUGGACCCUACGAUGAACGCUAGGUCUUUCCUGCUUCACACCUGCCACUUUAUGUUUUUUUAUCUGACUGGGGUUAAAGGCUCUGAGGCAGAGCACAAACUGUUCACUGAGAUCUUCUCCAAUUAUAACCAGUACAUCAGACCAGUGGAGAAUGUGUCUGACCCAGUCAUAGUUCAGUUUGAAGUAUCCAUGUCACAACUUGUCAAAGUGGAUGAGGUCAACCAGAUUAUGGAGACCAAUCUUUGGCUGCGACAUAUAUGGAAUGAUUAUAAGCUGAAGUGGGAUCCCAAAGAAUUUGGAGGUGUGGAGUUCAUCCGUGUGCCCUCGAAGAAGAUCUGGAAGCCAGACAUAGUGUUGUACAACAAUGCAGUUGGAGACUUCCAGGUGGAUGAUAAGACUAAAGCUCUUCUGCGCUUCAAUGGAGAGGUAACCUGGAUCCCACCAGCCAUCUUUAAGAGCUCUUGCAAGAUUGAUGUUACAUACUUCCCAUUUGACUACCAGAACUGCACCAUGAAGUUUGGCUCGUGGACCUACGACAAGGCUAAAAUCGACCUGGUGCUGGUUGGUUCCACCAUAAACCUGAAUGAUUUCUGGGAAAGUGGAGAGUGGACGAUUAUCCAUGCUCCUGGGUACAAGCAUGAUAUCAAGUACAACUGCUGCGAAGAGAUCUACACGGAUAUUACUUACUCUCUUUAUAUUCGCCGCCUGCCGCUUUUCUACACCAUAAACAUGAUCAUUCCCUGUCUGCUCAUCUCCUUUCUGACUGUUCUGGUUUUCUAUCUACCUUCGGAUUGUGGCGAGAAGGUGACGUUGUGUAUUUCCGUUCUCCUCUCCCUCACCGUUUUUCUCCUGGUAAUCACAGAAACCAUUCCAUCAACCUCUCUUGUUAUCCCUCUGAUCGGAGAGUAUCUUCUUUUCACCAUGAUAUUCGUUACUCUUUCCAUUGUAAUCACAGUCUUCGUGCUCAAUGUACAUUACCGCACACCAAAGACGCAUGUCAUGCCACGUUGGGUGCGUCAUGUCUUUCUUGGUUUGCUCCCUCGGGUCAUGUUCAUGACCCGGCCUGAGAAGGACCCAGGGAGCCCCGGCUAUACGGAAGCCAGUCCACGACCCUGCACCUUUCAAAGACCAGGCUCCUUUCCCACACAUUUCCCUAAGCAGGACAGUCUGCCGGGAAGCCUUCCACCCCGCCCUCAUCUCCUCUUGUGCACUGAGCUCAAUAACCUGAGUGAGGCAUGUAAAACAGGGUCCAGCUUCUUGUGUAGAGAAGGACGAUGUUCAUGCUGCUGGAAGCAAAACGCCUCUAAACUAUCCACAGAGGGGGGAGCAGGUGGAAUCAUGGGAAGUGGAGAAGGAGGAAGUAGUUGUUCCAGCUCUGAAUCUCUGAAUGGAGGGUUUUUGUGUAUGCCAAGUCUUUCACCUGAAGUCAGAGAGGCUAUUGAGAGUGUGAAGUACAUCGCGGAAAACAUGAAGUUACAAAAUGAUGCCAAAGAGGUGCAAGAUGACUGGAAGUAUGUUGCCAUGGUGAUUGAUAGGAUCUUUCUGUGGGUCUUUGUCCUUGUGUGCAUUCUGGGUACAGCUGGACUCUUCUUGCAGCCCCUCCUGUUGGGCGAGGACAUUUGAUACAUUCAUAGACUUUAAAGGACAAGUUCGGUAUUU